AUGAGCCACUCAAUCGCAGACAGCACGCUUCUGCAAUCCAUUGUCGAUGCCCACCAGCCCGACUUUUCCCUGUACACAGGUUUCUACCGCGAUGUCCACCAACACCCUGAGAUAUCCGCCAUGGAGGAGGACACGGCCAAGAAAGUAGUAGCGCACCUCGAGCGACUUGGAUACACCGUCCAUACUGGAAUAGGCGGCCAUGGCGUUGUUGUAGUGCUGCAGAAUGGGAAUGGGGGCAAGAAGAUCCUGAUGCGAGCAGAACUCGAUGCCUUGCCCAUCCAAGAGCAGACAAACCUACCCUACCGGAGCCAACGCCGCAUGAUCGACCGAUACGGCAACGAACGACCCGUGAUGCACGCUUGCGGGCACGACAUGAACAUGGCGGCGCUUCUUGCGGCCGCCGAUCUGCUCAAGUCCGCUUCCGCGAAAUGGACCGGCACAAUCCUCAUUCUCUUCCAGCCGGACGAGGGGGAAACAAGCGGGGCGCGGGAUAUGGUGGACGACGGCCUUUACGACCGUGUUCCCGUCCCCGACCUCAUGUUGGGUCAGCACGUGGUCCCCGCCCGCGCGGGCACCGUGGCCAUCAAACCCUCCGGAUCGGUCCUUGUGGCUGCCGACUCGAUGCGCGUGCGUGUCACGGGGGGGCCUUGCGAGAACACCGUCAACCCUCAGAUCUGCGUCGACCCAAUCCCGCUGUCCAUGCAAAUCGUCUCGGAGCUCCAGGACGCUGUCACCAAGGAGAUCGGGCCCGACCAGGAUGCCACCCUUGCUUGUUGGGGCUUCUGGGCGGGUGAGCCGGGAAACGACCACGUCGCGUAUGCCGACAUGCUGCUCGACAUUAAGACGGUGAAACCGGAGAUACGACGGCGGGUCAUUGACUUGAUCAAAGAGAAGUUUCAAAACGAUUGUCGGGCCGCCGGCAUGCCGCGUGAUCCCGAGUUCAACAUCACCGUGCGUGCCCCGCUGACGAGUAACCACGACGACGUCGGCGGCCCCAUCGCACACGUCUUCCGGGCCUACUUUGGAGAGAAAAUGACGGAAAUGGCAUUCACCCGCGCCUGCGAGGACUUUUCAGUCCUGGGAGAGGUUCACGACGAUGUUGCCGAGCCCAUACCGACCAACCACUCGCCCUUUUUCGCACCAGAGGUCGAUUUGACCCUUAAGACGGGCACGAUGCCAUGGCACUUGCAGCUUUGA